AUGUCGAAAAUGGACAAACUUGCAAAGUUUGAGAAAUUUGACCUUUUUUUUGCGGCGAUAGCAUGCAUAUGCGGGAUCCUUAAAGUUAUGGAAAUGGGCAAGGAAGGUUAUCCUACAUUAGGAACUGUUUCUAAGAAUGGCAUGGCAGUACUUGCGGUUCUGGUGGCACUGGGUUUUCUUCUUAAAUACGCGGAUCAGAUGUGUAGAAGAAUCACAUCACACUCCUUCAGCGAAAAGGGCGGCUUUUUGAAUCCUUGCGUUAUACUAUCCGUUAUUGAGUUUUUUAUGAUGCUAAUAUGCAUAAAAGCAAUGCUCUUCUAUCCGGCUGAGAUACCCGGUGUGGAUGAUAGUAGUCAGAUGGAACCGCCUAUUUCAAGCAAGUUUGGACUCUUUGGAGCGAUUUUUAUGCCUUAUAUAUUUGCUGAGUGCAUACGGCUUCUGCUAGCCAACAAGAACUCAAGGCGAGACAGAGUAAUUCUAGGGAUCUUGGUGCUCGGAUGUUUAGCAAUGGCAGGACUGGCUUACCUUGAGUAUAAGGGCAAAGGGAAUUUCAUUUCAGCAGGGAUCCUUGGUGUUGGCCUAUCGAUGCUGCUCUCUCGACUUGCCCUGGUGGAUGAGGACGAAGAGGACACACUACUUGAUGAUUCUGCUGAAGGAGGUAAUGUCUGGAUGUAUCUCGCUAUGUUUGCUUCGUUUACAUUAGUACUAAUUUUAUUGGCUAGGUCGCACAGAAUACUAUUUGACAAUCUCAGUUUCCUUGAUUCCCUCAAGUCGUUUACCUUCCUUGGAAGGAAGGUCUCGCAAAUGGCAAGUGAAGAUCCCCCAAAAGAUCCCCUCCCCCGGCAAGAAGGAGGAGGUGGUGACACAAUAGCAUAA